AUGUCUGGCAACGGACAGCCUUCCGAUCCCAGAUUACAAUCUCCAGCAAAGAAACUGCCAUCCGUCGUAAAGUCCGAGCUAGCCGAGAUGCUGGAAAAUGGUCAGGAACAACAUAGCGAAGUAGCUGAUUCGCCUUUGGCACAUUUGCGUGACAUGGACGACCAUAUGGACUAUGAUGACGAGACGCCAGUCCAUCCGCUGGCGCCAGCACCACAGACAUCAACGUCACCCAAUAUGUAUUCCCCUACAACCCCAAGGACGCAGCAUAGCCCCUAUUUACAAUCUCUUCAGCCUCAACAGCACCAACAACUACUAAAACUGAAAUCUGAGCAUGGAUUCCCUGGAACGCCUUCUCCUGUCAGCACGCCAGAUAUCGUGAUGACAAGCAACGACUCGAAUGAUCAAACAUCGGCAGAUGCAGUCGCUGCAUCGAGUGAGCCGGCUCCAGAGGGUGAUUCGCAGCAUGAGAAACACCAGCAGCAAGAAAUGGGUCAUUCGAUCGUAGACACAUCUUUUUCAGCUGUCCACACUGCUCAUGAGGUAGCUUCUGAAGGCAACUCAGAUUCCACCCCUGUGAUCUCUAGCUUGACAGUGGAUGCACCUACUACUGCAGGGACAACAGCGCCGUCCUCAAGGCGUCCCUCGCUUCGCACGAUGACAGCAACUCUUCCUAGAUCUGCGCUCCAGGAGGAGACAAUUGCGCUCUUUAAGCAGUACCGCAAUUUGAUUCCUUGCGCAAAAUGCUUCUGUCGCAACACCAUCCAGCGUGAUGGAAUGUCAGACGGAAAUCUUCGCUUCAAAUGCCGGCCGCCUGUCUCUAUGAGUCUGAUCUGCAACAAAUCGUAUUCAGAGUCUAAGAUCCGCAAUAUGAUUGCCGGGGUCGUUUACGGUCACUCCUUGCCAGACUCCAGUACGCCGGGGUCUGCCACCAGCCCAGGAGACAACGUGUUAGCACUUGCGCCGCCUCCGGCUGUCAAAACGCCUCGGCGCGCCUCAACCAAGGCUGAGGGUAGUCCUCGCAUUGGCUCAGAGGUGACCUCGGAUAGAACGAAGCGUAUGGAUAAGGAGCAAGAGAGUAACCAGGCCCAUGAUGAGAGACAGACAGAUGAACUACCCCAUUCCAUAGACUCGCGCCGGCCUUCGCUAUCACAUCACUUCCAGCAAGGCAGCUCCAGCCGAAGGGGUUCUCUACAGCCGCCGCCUCGACGCCCGUCUAUGUCUGGAGACGAGUCUACAAUGAUGGAUUACGAUGACCCACCAACCCAGCUGCCUCCAUCAAACCACUCUGGUCACCUUCAGAUCCCCGGUACGCCCCCCAUGGACAGUGAAGAUCCGCGGCUUUACCGAUCGCGUUCUUCCUACGGUCAUCAGGGACCAACGGGCACACAGCCGCCUCUAUCGACAGCAGGUCGACAGAUCCACAAGCUUCAUCAUUCGCACUCACAUCCAAACAUUGGCCAACAGCGACACCAGCAGUACUUGGAGCAGCAAGAACGUGAACAGCGAGGAACCGUUAGUGGUUUGAACUAUUCAAACCAGCAACAACAACAGCAGCGUCCAGUUCAGCGCCAGGUGGUCCGGCGAGGCUCAUCUCAGUACCAUGGAGGAGCGGACCGUCGCUCUUCUCACCCGUCUCCUGUGCUUAAUGUCGCCGGCUCCAAGUACAUGGGCGAGGCACCUUCACCAGCACUUUCGUCAUCCCCACGAUCACCCCCGGGCCGCGAGUCAACGUACCACCAACAAAACACAGGUCCCAGCUCGAGCUCCGCUCAUGACUCCGUUCACACACCUGUUCGGGCGCAUUCUGUUGGUGGUCGAUACGACGAUAAUAGUGCAGCCAGCUACUUCCAGCGACGUAUGAGUCAGCCCCAUCCCAGCCACGCCUACAGCAAUGGCCAUCCUGGAUUGCCGCCACCUCUGCCUUCGCCUCUGUCUCAUCCUUAUGAUCGUCGUGCAAGUGAGGUCGAUGAAUAUCCGCAAAUGCAUCGUGAAAAAUACGAGAGAUUGAACGCAAACACGAUGAUUGCGCCAAGCUCCGCAAUGGGCCCUUCAAGGCAUCAACCGCCACAGCAACCACAGCAAAAAUUCCGGCCCCACUACCCGUCUGGCUCCCCCAACGGUGGCAUGGAGACGCGUCAGCAUCCGCUGGAUGUUGCGGAUCAAACUGACGAUACCUCACGGCAGGCUCUAACUCCGCCGAUGAGAUCCUCACAACACCAAAGCUCCGGAUCCUCAAAUCCUGCAUCUACGGCCUCAUCCCCUUGGAUGAAUGGUAGCGGAAGCAAUUACGGAGUAUCGCACAACCUGGCAGCACCCCAGGCUGAGCCGAUGCGGUACUCGCACUCGAUGCCCAUGGGACAGGGCAAACCUCCAUUGAGACAUCAUUAUUCUUCGUCAAGCCUUUAUUACCAGACCCCUCGACAGGAGGACAGGGAACGCUUUGACAACGAGAAUGACAGGGAUAUGUCUCCUGACUAUCAGGACAUCGAUGGGGAUGGACGUCCUAUCGCAAGGGCGCGUCCUCAGGGCCUUAAGCGCAAGAGCCUGGGGCAGCCACUCAGCCGAUCGAGCUCUAACCAGAACCUCUAUUCAACCAGUGUUCAGCAACACCAGUACCAGUGUCAGUCUCCACACCAACUGUCCCCGUCCUCUCUCCGAGAAAGUUCUGAUCCCCGCGACUUGAACGCAGCUAUGCCCCGCAGUUCGAUCAAGAUGACGUGCUUCCCUAACAGCCAAUCCAAGCCCUCCACCAACGCUUUGCCCAAAACCAAAACCUUGGACACAUCCAAAGCCAUAGCGUUGCAGCUCAACCAGAGCUCCAAAAUCGUCAUUGAAAUCAGACAGCCGCGUUCGUUGCAGUCGUAUUCGUCCGCGUCCAACUUGCGCAACCACUCGAAGGAUAGCAGCGACAUCAACGGAGACAGCUCGUCCGUGUUGAUCCAGCGCUCGAAUUCGCAUCCCGAUAUUCUUCUGGAUCGAUCCACAUCGUCGGUCUUGGGCUACAGACGGUCCCCAUCGCCCGAUGGAACGGACUUUGGUAGCUCAUUGAAGAAGCGUCGUGCAGAUUCCGAUUCUGCGUCGCCGUCUGAUACUACCAAUGAGGACUUAGUUGGCUCGCUCAGCACAGGUUUAGGUCUAGACGCUGCUGCCGCGGCUGCGGCUGCGGCUGCGGUCGCUGCGGUCACUGCUGCCGCUGCUGCUGUCACGUCUCCACCAUCGAUUCCAACUUCGGCUCCUGCGGUUCAAGUGUUUGGCAUGAAUUAUCUUGCCAAGAGUAAUGAUACGACUCUCAGCAACAGCAAGCGUGCAGACGUCGGUCUGGGUCUUUCACAAACGUCCAACCCUUCUUUGGAGGCCUUCCGAGUGGCCAAAGGAUCGUCCUAUGUGUUGCUUGAGGAUCAGCAAGAGAUGGGUAUUGAUUACUCGCUCUUUACGCGAGUCGAGACUGCAGGGUGGAGGAUUUUGAUCCCGCCCAAUGUGGUUGCUUCGUUCCAUUCAGAGGACUUUGGAUUGAUGUUGAAACCAAAGGGAGUUGAAGAUAUCGAGGACGAAGAGGAACGGACGAAUGACUUGGGGGGGCAAAGGGAGGCGACGAAGGAGGCGGUAAUGGCCCAGGAAGGGCAGCAGCAGCAGCAGCAGCAGACUCCAGGGGAUAUCGAGGAGGAAGAGGAAGAUGUAAACGUUGAAGGUGUGAGUCGGAUCGCAUUAAGAGAUGACGAUAAGGAGGAUGAGUUGGAUGACACAUCCAGAACCGUUGGAGCUUCUUCCGUGAUCCAGGGGCAAAAGAUGAUUCAGGAUGAUGAGGACCAAGAGAUGGAGAUUGGCGAGCACAGCUCUAUCUCUGUUGCAGAUACAAUUAAGAGGUCGAGCCCGACGGGUGUGGUACCGAGGGGUGCUGUUCAUGGAGAGAGACAGCAAGAACAGGAGGAUAUUGCGAUGGAUAAAGAAGAGCAAGACGAGCUCUUGGAGGAUGUCUAA